UGCAUUAAAACCGGUGAGAACUGAGAGAACCCUGAACAGCGCCCUUCCCUGUAUCAUGUAGGUCAUGAUAGGUUGUGAUAAGUUUAUUGAUUCACAUGACACAAUUCUAACACGAAGGCCAAGCAGUGAUCAUUAUCAGUCUCCUCUGAUCUCUGUCGACACUAAAAACGCUGUCGUACCUGGGGUAAGAGAAAUAGGCCUACCUUCACAUAUCACCAGCACAUAAUGUCUUCCUCGGGCGAUCAGACUUUUAUGUCCACAUCAUUUGCAUCUGACCAAUUACCUGAUGGUCUCAAGUGGUACACGGAACCCAAGACGUGGAGGACCAAAGCCAGAAACAACAAAGGGUUACUUGCGAUCACGGAGCCCAAAACAGACUUCUGGCAAAAGACAUACUAUGAACCCCUGCUUGUGGCUGACAAUGGACAUUUUCUGUACCUUGAUGUCAGUCAAGAGAAGGUUGUUAUGGAAACAGAAUUUGAAAUAAAAUCUAGUGACCAGUUUGACCAGUGUGGUCUCAUGGUUCGUACAGACACUCUCCACUGGAUCAAAUGUGGAAUAGAAUAUGUAGAUGGACAUCCAGGACUUGGCUGUGUGGUGACCAAUGACUUCAGUGAUUGGUCAAAGCAGGACUGGCAGGGCAACAGACUGUGCCUUAGAUUGUACAGGCAAGGAAACUCAUAUGUGGUAGAAAGCAAGCUACCUUCAGAUUCAAACUGGAAUUUUAUACGCAUCGCACAUUUAGACCAUGCUGCCACUGCUACAGUGCAAAUGGGCUUGUACUUCUGUUCUCCAAAAUCUGGAGGAGCAGAAAUGUACUUCCCACACUUCAGUAUGAGACCUACCAAAGGGCACUCGCAUGGUGCAGACUGAUUCAUUUUGUCAACUUUGACUGACUGAAUGAUUUGAUUAUAUCUGUUGGAUGCACACUAUUGAGUCUAUGAGAAUAUAUCUUAAACUUUGAGUGACUUUACACAAAAGUAUGUCAGAGAAAAAAAUUAUCUGGUGUGGAAACAGUUUGCUGGUACAGUAGUUCCUGACCACCACGCUAUCAAGUUUUAAAAAUUCAGAAAAAUACAUACUAUUAGAUAUAAGAUUUAACUAAAUAAACAUAGGAAAACAUGAAAAAAUUACGUAGAUUAUAAGAAUAAAGUAUUUUUUCAAUCAACAGCUAAAUAGUGAAAUAGUUUACCUAGAAUAUUUUGAUGUCUAACAGAGCAUUUUCAUCAGGGAAUGUAAUGCGGCUUCUUAUCAGGGGAUAUAUAUGCUUGAAAUAUUGGAGGUAAAUUAUUACAGUAUUUAACUGUUGAUUGAAGAUAAAAAAGUUAUUUUAUUUCUAUAACAUAACACAGCCGAAGAAAUUCUUUGGCUAUGUAAUUUAUGUUGAUAUGCAAAGUAGGUGUUCAUGGGUGGUUAUUUUAAUACUUCUUAUAAAAGUAAUUUUUGACAACAAUUGUGAUGCAACUCUUAUAGUAAAGAAGUUUGUUUAAUUUUCUACUGUGCUGUUAAUAAAGAAUUAUAUUAUGAAAAAUGUCUGUGGGCUUUUUCCACAGUCCAGAAAUGUGCCAUCAAUUAACCAGUGACAUAGCUGUGAAUACUAGUAUUUUGUGAAAAAUCAAUCUGUGGCUCUGGUAGAGGGUACUAAAAUGAGGCCAUUCAAUAGAUCAGCACCUGUACCAUACUUUGUCGGCACGUGUGGAUGGAGCAAACCAUGAUAUGUAAAAAUGUA